AUGGCUUCCCUGUACCUUAUAUUGGUACCGAGUAGAGGGGGGAGGGUUGAUGAUGGAGAAGGAGUCUUCUUGAAAGGGAUAGCCACAGUGCAAAGUGAUGAUAGCAACUCGUGGAGGAGGGAUCUGGAGGCGCGAGAUGAGGAGCUGAAAGAGGCCAGGGAGAUGAUUGACAGUUUGCAACGGAAGAAUGUGGAUUGUGCGGGGGGGACUCGGGCCGCUCUGGUGACAGCGGAGAGCAUACUCGACAAGGGGGACCUCAUGUGGAUAGAUGCCGCACAGGUCGACCUCAAUGAGCUGGGAGAGUGGGAGAUGAACCCAGAGCAUGGCCAGAUGGACGACAUAGCUGGUGUUGACUUCGACUGGCUGGCCCUUGUCAAUCGGCAUCAUCAUGAUAACGAAGUAUGCUGUAACGUCGAGAGCUCCUGUGCGGUACCACUUUGA